AUGGCCACCAUAGCCUUCAAUGACAGCUCCGACGCACCUCCCUCGUAUGAUGUGUCCGUAUCAAAAGAUUCCAUCCGGUCUAAACAAUCGGUAUUUUCAUUCCUACAAUUCAAGCGUAAAGCUUCUGUUCUAUCUCUCAUCCAUCAAAUUGUCUCUUCUCCUGGUUUCGGUGUUGCCUCUGUCGCCCCGAUUAUCAAAUCCUGCGCUGCUGCUCUCCCAGCAGCAAAGUUCUCAAAGCUGCUCCAAAAACGCAAUAUCGAGAACCACACGGCGCUGUAUUGGGCGAUUGUAAACAACCGGCGAGAAGCCCUUCUGGAGUUUGUUAAAUUCAUUCCAAAAUUCUCACGUGCUUGUUCUGCCGACUUGCGUCUUGCAUGUAUGGCAGCAAACGACCAUGAUUCAUUUAUGCUACUGCAUUUGGGAGACAAUGAGGUUGAUUCCAAGGAUAGGUCUUUGAGACGCAUGUUGGGUUGUCCGCGAGAUAACAUUCAAGUCCGUGAAGGGGAUACCCUGGGCGUGGACGGUAACGAAAACAACUUCUUUGUUCAUUUUGUCUUCAGGAUGUUCCAGAAGCGUCUGCGUACUGCACGGGAAUUGGAAGUAGAAUUUGUUGCCCAGGGACGUAUAUGGGUGUUACGCUUUGGUAUGCAUACGCUGACAGGAGAUUGGUUUGUUGAGUUUGGUAUUUCUCGAGAGAGCUCAGCAGUGCGCCCAAAUGCUGUACUUGACAUUCAGGCCAACAAACCGUCACCUGGCUCCGAUACCAUGCAACCUCUACACCUCCAUAUGCGUACAUCACACAUUCUACUACCUGGGGGGUAG